AUGUCAGGCUCCCUCGUGGAGGAGCGUCUGCCCGUUCGCAAUGAAAAGGCUUCUGAAGAGCUGCUAGCCAAAUCGCCGAGCUGGUUCCGUCGAAUAGUUCCAGACCACAAGUAUGGAAUGUUCUUGGACAUUGUGAUGACUGCCACCAUCUUCAUUACGCACUUGAUUUUCUUCACCUGGGCGGAACCCAGAAAGCCCGAAAACACUGAUUUUUGGGGCCAGUAUGGCUUUGAGGUCUUUAGCAGAGUCACAGACUGUGAUCAACUCAAACAUCAACGUUUUGGAUGGUCCUUUGUCGUCAAUGCUAUCGCAGCUUUGAUCUCAAUUUUUAGCAGUCAUACCCUCCAAGCCCUAUCUGCACCGAAUCGAAAACAACUCGAUGCCUGCCACUCUGCACACGAAUAUAUGGAAAUUGGAGUCCAGUCGUUCCAUAAUGUCAGGUCACGCUGGAUGGAUUGGAAGAGAAGAAGCUUAUGGGUUCUUUUGAUGUUCAUGUGUUUACCCUUCCACCUACUAUACAACAGCAUAAUCAUUCUGUCCAUCCCUGCAUCGGAAUCUUACCAAGUCACUUUGUCGCAGGCUUUUUUUGACAAGCACAGAGUCACCACGGAUCCGUUUAUCACUGAUAUUGCGAAUCAACUGGCCACUAGUAGUAGCGGGUCGGCUGCAACUACAGUUCUUCAACAAACGGCCACUGCCACUACCUUCGCCCCGAGUGCAACAUCGACUAUACCAUCAGACAGUAGAUGUCCGACUUCGUUACCUCUUCCCCUAUAUGUGGAGGUACCUCAAGGGAUCAAGGACAACUCUUACUCGACUUGCUGGCUCCGCGCUGUUGUCCCUAAAAUGAAGCCAGCGAUGGGUUGCGCUGAUUUCGCGGGUAAUGUCUCACAAAUGUUACAUAUUGAGUUUAGGACCAGUGAUUUGAAAGAGUGGAACUCUGGAGUGACCGUAGACGGCGACGAUUGCAAAUUUCUGGCCUGUGAAGCUUACUGCAUUGAUGAUCAGAUCACGCGAAGAACAGUACGAAGAGAUCAUAUCAAAGGUGAGUCUAACAGCAUGGAUACGACACCGAGUGCCUUGAAGCGCGACGACGACGGUCACGUCAGUCUGGAAGGGGUCGAUAUCCUGAAGUCUUCCUUCGAUAACGACUGGUGGAAGACAGCAUAUUCGAUGUCACCUUACUUGGCCUGGACAAGCAAUUCUAGCCUGGACGCCACAGAUUCUUCACAGUGGAGUGGCUUGAACGGACUGGAGAGAGAUUUAUCAUCCUUGUGGGCAAGCGUCGGUGUCAGUACGACUUUCAAUUCGACAUCAUCACUCGAUUGGGACAGUGUCACGGUAUUAUCUUCGGACUGGCAGAAGCUAGAUCUUGAUGAUUGUAUAGGUCGCUUUGGAGCUCGGUACCGGCCCUAUGCAGGAUCCUUGAUUGUGGUUGCAAACUACACACCCGAGGAAAACUAUGUACUGGGUCUCACCUAUCUGUCUUACAACACAACGGGCGUCUCUGUGGUCUGCCCAGAAGCCUGGGUACGUGAAACUGCUGACGAGCUGAUUCAAUACGAGAAACCUCUGUCGACUCCCCUCAUCUUCGGUUUGAUGGGCCAUGAGCAGUUCAAUGGGCCAGGAGCCGGAAGCGCGAGUGGUAGUUUCCACCCCACUGGGCGGCUUUGCCCGUCCAGCUACCCUCUGAUCGAAGACUAUCAGCCUCAACAAACCCCAGUUGCACUUGGCUGUCUUCUGAGGAAUCGAGGCUCAGAAUGUCGUUUGGGUUACAAUGUCUUCUUCUUUGUGGUUGUGAUGAUCUGUCUGGUAAUCAAGUUGAUUCUACUGCUUGUGACAUACUUUGUCGUCCAUUCGUGUCCAAUAACCACCGUUGGAGAUGCCAUGGCAGAGUUCCUCGAGAACGAAGACUCCACUACCAAGGGAUCAUCUAUUGAGUGGGAUGAGAAAAAAGGAUGGAAGGUGACUGGACCACUGCAGACCUAUCCCCAAAGUGACAACACGUCAUCGACAAGAAAGCCAAAACGGUACGGGAAAGUGUUCGACUUCCUCGAGAAACAAUGGAGAAUGGUGUGGCCUGAGAAGGACGAUUGCCGUUUGUCCAGUGUUCCAAAAUGGGACAUCAUCAAUUACUCCAGCACCAUGCAUUCACACGAACGCUUGACGUGGUUCAGCCUGUACCUCUUGACACUCGGCGUUUGUGGAGCGAUAUUCACGUAUAUUGCCUUGCAAAAGGUUUGGAUCGUCUAUCCGAACGAUGAUGUUGACCUUCGCUGGAUGAUAUGGCCUACGAUUGUAGUCAACGCUCCUCAGCUCUUCGCCACAUUCAGAGGAUACAUGGACAACCGUAUCCUGACCGAAAGAAACUCAUUACAAGAGUUCGCCGGCUUUGCAACUGGCUUCCAGGGACUGCGCGUCACUUCACCUGAUAUCAAUUCAGCACAGCGCGAUCCAUACUUUUUCGGCAAUAUGAACUUUGUCGUGUAUGCGGUCAUGACACUAUGCCAAACGCUAUACGCCUUCAUCGUCUCUCAGCUUGUCAUUCCACAGUGGAUCAACCCGCUGCAACCUCAAGAUCCGGACGACUAUCUUUCGCCGGCGUUCCUCAUGCGGUUUGGUAGCGACGAAGACCGGAAUUGGAAAGUCAACGCCACGAUCAUCGCACUCAUUGUGUUGUUUCCCUUCCUUGCCAUCCACGUCAUCAACGUCAUGUGCUCCCUCGUCGUCCAUGUUCGACUCCUGCACGUCCGAGAUCUGAGCACGUACGUCCAGCAUUACCUCCUCAACAUUUUCUUCUGCUUCCGAUGCUAUCGACCCAGCAAGCGGAAGAUGGGUUCUUUUGAACACAAGUUACCCAUGGUCCCGCUCCAAAUGCCGGGCCCGGGGACCAACUCGCUCGUGGUCUCCGUCGCUUGCCACCCUUUGCCAUGCGAGCAAGGACAAAACAUCAGCAAGAAGCCUCUGAUGUGGGGUGUCGUACGAGGUUCCGCCUAUUCUGGAGCUGCCAGCUUGACCGGAAACGACACAGGGCGAGGAUUGACCAUGAUGAGCCCGAGUGACAAGGUGAUUGUGAGUGAAGAGGAAUUCAUCCAGCCCCGACCAGCCCAAGGGGGGCUCAACAACAACGCCAACGGCAAUGACUCUGACCUGGAUAUUCGUCCGGCCCCCAAGCCCACCACGUUCACCAUCCGGAGGAAGCCCGUAGGAUCUGGUGGUCAUCACACACGACUCUCGGCCGGCGAUGUCUCGGUUACGGAGACCGCGUCUGACCUGAAUACCUCGAGCCUGACGUCGAACCCUACAAACGACAACAAGCCUGGUCUCAGCCCGGAGGGUCAUUUGGUAUACAGGGAUAAGACGGGACGCGAGAUAUGUGAGGUGGCUCAGUAG